AUGUCUUUUGAGAUCAAUUGGGAGAACUUGGGAGAGGAUCGAGUAAUAAAUGAUUCGCUGAAAGAGUUUUUAAAUUCUCAGCUACAAGCUAUUGAUCUACCUAGUUAUGUCAGCAGUUUGCAGGUUACGGAUUUCCGCCUCGGUGAAAUACCGCCCAACAUCAUACUGCAAGAAAUUUCAAACCCAUUGAACGAGUUCUAUGAGCAAAUAUCCAAUGAGAAGCGGGCUAGUUCACGGCGCAGAGAAGAGCCUAAUGCAAAAGAGGAAUUCGCAGAGAAUACGGAGCAGGUUUGCGAUUCUUUGCCAUCAGAAAGUGACCUUCAAUUCUUGGUUGAAAUCGAUUACAAAGGAGAUAUGCAGAUAGAUGUUAGUGCAGAGUUGGCAUUGAACUACCCAAGCCCUUCUUUUAUGACUCUGCCAGUAAAAUUAUCGAUCAGUGAUUUAGGCAUGCAUGUCUUAUGUCUAGUAGCUUAUCUGUCAAAUCAGCUUUUCAUCAGUUUUUUAUGCGAUGUUGCUGAUCCUGUUUUGGAUGCUAGAGAAUCUAUUAUUGAUCCCGGAAAUUCUAUUUUUUUAGGUAAGAAAGGUUUAGAGAGGAUAUCUCUCAUAAGAAGCAUAAAGAUUGAAAGCGAGAUUGGCGAGCAAAACAAUGUAGAGGGCUCAGUCCUGCGAAGUGUGGGCAAGCUAGAACAGUUCUUGCUGGAGGCCUUCAGAAAUAUCGUGAAAACUGAAGCUGCUUGGCCCAGCUGGAUUAAUUUAGACUUCAAUGAGGAUUCGUCUGACGAUGAUCACGACUAUGAUGAGCUGCAGCGAUGA